AUGCCAACCCCCACCACCAACCCCACCCCCACCGCUGCCCCCAACGGACCCUCCCCGCUCUACCACCGCCUCCGCACCCUCGCCCUCGCGCACGCGCUCCCGCAAUCAACCGCGCACCUCCUCUCCCUGCGCCACCCGCGCGCGACGCACGCAUGGGGCCACGCGCACCUGGUGCGGCACAACGCCGCCGGGUUAGCGCCCGUCAUGGACAACGCGGGGUUGGCGGCGCACUGCGCGUCGACGGGGCGGUACAUCACGAGCGCUGGCACCAAGGGCGCCGAGGUGCACGAGGUGACGGUCGACGAGUGGGCGCGGCGGGCGGUGGUGCGGAUGAGCUAUUAUUUCCGGGCGAAGAGGGAAGGGGAUGGGGAUGAGAAGGGUGGGGAAGAGGUGGUGGAGAAUGAGUUGAUUUGGACGCUGAAGUUUACCGAGGAGGAGGGGGAGGGGGAGGAGGAGGUGUUGAUUAUGGAGAGUGUAGAGUUUAUCGAUGCGAGUGCGAGUGCGCGGUUGGGGACGCUGGUUAGGGCGGUGAAUGGUGGGGUUGUGGGGGAUGAUGUGAGGGGUGGGAUCACGUUGAAGGAGUAG